AUGGAGAAGUUGAAGAAAUUGCUGAUCGCCAAUCGAGGCGAAAUUGCAGUUCGCAUCAUCAAGACAGCCAAGCGGCUAGACAUUCAGACCGUGUCGAUCUAUACAUCUGCCGAUGCUGCAUCGCUUCACGUCUCUGACGCCGAUGAAGCUGUCCUACUCCCGACGUUGCAAAGCUAUACCGAUGGCGACGAGAUCAUCCGGAUCGCAAAGGAGAAAGGCUGCCAUGCCAUCAUUCCUGGUUACGGCUUCUUGUCAGAGAAUGCAGCCUUCGCAAAAGCAGUCAGCGAUGCUGGUCUGGCUUGGGUAGGACCUAGCGAGGAUGCAAUCAAGGCCUUUGGAAUCAAGCACACGGCUCGCGAUUUAGCGAAGCAGUCAGGGGUGCCUAUCGUGCCUGGUACCGAUGGCUUGGUCGAGAGCGAAGAAGAUGCUGUUAGUCAGAGCGAGACGCUUGGGUAUCCUGUCAUGCUCAAGAUUACCGCAGGCGGCGGAGGAUCGGGCUUGAUAACUUGCCAAAACCAAGAGCAAGUCAAGGCCGGAUUCAAGCAAGCACAGAGCCGUGGGCAAGCUCUGUUCAAGGACUCUGGAGUAUUCAUCGAGCGCUACUAUCCCGAAUCUCACCACGUUGAAGUUCAGGUAUUUGGUAAUGGACUCGGUAAGGCCAUCUCAUUUGGCGAGCGAGAGUGUUCGAUCCAGCGACGACACCAAAAGGUCAUCGAAGAGUGCCCAAGUCCUUUUGUGCAGAAACAUCCGGGGCUACGAGACAAGAUAUGCAAUGCAGCCAUAAGCCUGGCUGAGUCUGUAAAAUACGGCUCGGCUGGCACUGUUGAGUUUCUGGUCGAUGAUAAAACCGCCGAGUUCUUCUUCCUGGAGAUGAACACGAGACUCCAGGUCGAACAUCCAAUCACAGAGGCCUGCUACGACGUUGAUCUCGUGGAGUUAAUGCUGAAACAAGCAGAUGCUCAGCUAUCAGGCAAGGGUGGACUUACAACUGAACAUUUGGACUCUCUACAUCGAUCUGGACCUUUUGGAGUUGCAAUUGAAGCCAGGGUCUACGCAGAAAAUGUGCUCAGAGACUAUGCUCCUUCGCCGGGUCUACUGACAGAGGUGCAUUGGGAACAGCUUCAAAACGGACGGAUCGACACUUGGGUGAGAACUGGUUUGAGGAUAUCUCCCAACUACGAUCCGUUGAUAGCCAAAGUGAUCAACCACGCAAAGACGCGUGAGUCCGCGAGAAAAGGAAUGAGUCUGCUACUCGAACGAUCUGUACUGUCCGGACCACCAAACAACCUCGACUAUCUGGCCAGUAUCAUGAGAGAUGAUGUCUAUCAGUCGGGGCGCACCAUCACAUCGUUUCUGCAAAGCUUCGUGUACGAACCGAAAGUCAUAGACGUGAUAUCGCCAGGUGCAUAUACUCUGAUCCAGGACUUGGAUGGUAGACCCAGUGUCGGCAAGGGGAUACCGCGAAGUGGUGCAAUGGACCCAAUAGCACUGGCCGUUGGCAAUAUUCUUGUAGGGAACUCGCGCGGACAAGAAGGCUUGGAGAUUACACUCUCUGGUCCGGAACUCAAGUUCCAUGGAGCUGCUGUGAUUGCGCUGACUGGUGCUCCCAUCGAGGCGACACUGGACGGCGGCUCGAUUCCCAURUGGUCACGCAAACAUAUCAAACCAGGCCAAACCCUCAAAGUUGGACGCACUACAGGAGCUGGCUGCCGCAGUUAUCUUGCCGUCUACGGUGGGUUUCCUUCGGUCGCAGAUUAUUUUGGCAGCAAGUCAACCUCUCCAAUCGUCGCAAUUGGCGGCUAUCAAGGUAGACAAUUAGCUCCCGGUGAUCAAUUGAGUCUGAUCAAAGACGUACCAUCCAGUCUUGGGGGACAUCCUAGCAUUCCCCAGGCUCUACUCCCAGAAUACACAUCGUCAUGGACUAUUAAUGCUUUGCCUGGCCCCCACGAAGAGGGAUACCUUACUGACGAAGACAUCGAGAUGCUCUACUCUACCGACUGGAAGGUCUCGCACAAUGCUAGCAGAAGUGCCAUCAGAUUGGUGGGACCAGUACCACAGUGGGCACGACCAGAUGGCGGCGAAGGCGGCUCGCAUCCUUCAAAUCUGGUAGAGUAUGGCUACUCCUGUGGAUCCUUGAAUUGGACGGGCGACGAAGGUUGCAUCUUCUCACUUGACUGCCCAAACUUUGGUGGAUUUGCAAGCUCUGCAACGGCGAUUCGGGCAGAUUAUUGGAAGCUGGGUCAGCUCAAAGCUGGGGACACUCUAAGAUAUCAGCGAGUCUCGCUCGAUGAGGCUUUGACCCUGCGCAAUAAUGUUGCCCAAUACAUUGAUAGCAUUGCACUUGCUGUUGAAGUUGGCAGCUUCGACGGCGUUGUGCCUCUCAACUCCAGCUUCGAGCCUAGCGGCAAGUUCAGCAAAGCUGUACUCUGGGAGCGCUCGGCUUCAAACACUCAGCCCCAAGUGCGCUAUCGCCAGGCCGGCGACGACUAUCUUCUCGUUGAAUAUGGCAACGAGCAAUUCGACCUCAACUAUCGCUGCCGGGUGACGGCUCUCGAGAAAGCAAUCAACUCCAAAGAUGCUCCUGACUGGCUGAAGCAGAAUCUAACGACUACGGUCGGAUGCUGCACAUCCAUCACCAUAUGUUAUGACGGCGCCAAGAUGGAUCGUGAGAAGUUGAUGAAGCACUUACAACAUCUCGAAGAUCUAAUCGGAGAUCUCAGUAAAACGAAAGUGCCCUGCCGUCGCUUCAAGCUACCGUUAUCAUUCGAAAGCAAAGAGCAGACCGAGGCGACAAAAAGGUACAUGGAGACUCAAAGACCGCAUGCYCCAUAUCUUCCGGACAACCUGGAUUUCGUCGCGAAGAACAAUGCGUUCACUGCGGAGCAACUCAAGCACAACAUGCUGAAUGGAGAGCUCAUGGCUGUGGUUGUGGGCUUCUUCUGUGGUAAUACUGUAUCUCUACCGGUCGAUCCAAGACAGAGGAUGUCGUCACCAAAAGCGAAUCCCAGCCGAGUCUUCACACCAGAAGGUACAUUUGGCUGGGGAGGCUCAUGCGCCAGUAUUUAUCCGGUGGACUCUCCAGGAGGCUAUCAGAUGCUUGGGCGAACCAUACCUUGCUUUGAUUACUACGGCUUCAAACAAGGCUUCGCACCAGAUCGUCCUUGGCUGUUCCAAGACUUUGACAUUUUGACAUUCUAUCAGGUCACCGAAGAAGAACUCAACGAGAAACUCGGACUGUUCCGAUCCGGACAGUAUGAAUUUGAAUGGGAGAGCGCCGAGUUCGACAUGGAGCAACACAACCGCCUACUCGUCGAAACCGCAGACGAAGUGAAGCAAAUCAGAAUCGCUCAGCGUAAAGUACAGAAUGAGAUGAUCGAGGCCGAGAAUCAGUCUCUAGCGAAGUGGAGAGUAGACAAGGCGAAGAACAAGCCUGAUGAGAGUACUAUUGAUUCACUGCUGCAGGAUCCGGCCAUCACGGCGAUUGAAGCCCCUGUUGAUGCAAAUGUAUGGAAGAUUGAAGUCAAGGAGAAAGAUGAGAUCCAGACUGGACAGGUUGUUGCGAUCUUAGAGGCUAUGAAGCUGGAAAUCAAUGUCAACGUUCCGGAUAGUCUCAAAGGAGGCAGGAUCGUGGUGGAAAAGCUGUUGAUAGAGCCUGGCGAAACAAUCAGAGCGGGUGGCCGCAUUGCACUUGUUCGGACAGAGUAG